CACUUCCACAGCAUUUUAAAUCUAAAUCAAGACCACAUCAAAGACAGAAAAAUGGCCCUAUUUGGGCAUCUGGAGGACCUGGAAUGCAAGCUAUUUUCCUUGAGUCAGGCAGAAGAUCAGGUGGUACGGGAGUUUUUCUUCCACAAAGGGCAAAGACCAAUUUCCAACCAAAUAAGAAGCCAGCCUGCUCUCUGAUUCUCCUCCCUUCUCGAGUGGUUCAAGCUCUCAACCUCAACGUCCAUGCAUUAGGAUUGCCUGUAUCACCUCAAGAAGAUGACAAAACUAAAGGUAGAGAUUGCAAUUCAAACAUAAAUAAGAACGACAAGGACUUACAAGCUCAAUGUUGUGCAAGCGUUAUUUCCCAUAAUCAAAGUUCUUCACCAGAGAUAUUUCUUCCAAAGGAAUGGACAUACUAGCUCAA